AUGUUUCAACGAAAAGCGACCGUAACACUCCAAACCCCUAUCUAUCUAUCUAUCUAUCUAUCUAUCUAUCUAUCUAUCUGUCUGACUCUGUUCAUUAUCUAUCUAUCUAUCUCUAAAAUUCAUCUAUCUAUCUAUCUAUCUAUCUAUCAGUCUGUUCAUUAUCUAUCUAUUUAUCUAUCGUAUAUAACCGCAUACCAUGCGACUUUUGUUUGUUCAUUUUCUAUCUAUCUAUCUAUCUAUCUAUCUAUCUAUCUAUCUAUCUAUCUAUCUGACUCUGUUCAUUAUCUAUCUAUCUAUCUAUCUAUCUAUCUAUCUAUCUAUCUAUCUAUCUAUCUAUCUAUCUCAGUCUGUUCAUUAUCUAUCUAUUUAUCUACCUCGGCAGUGGCUGGCAAACUCAUAUCUCUCACUUUGCCUGUCUCUCUCUCACUUUUAUUGCUUUAUAUCACUUUCUUUUCCUCGCUCUCUUUCAUUGCUACUGACCGGCAAACUCAUAUCUCUUACUCUCUCUCUCUCUCCUUCUCCCUCUCCCUCUUUUUCUCUCUCUCUCACUCACUCUUGCUCACUUAUCGCUUUCUUUCUCUCUCUCUUAUUGCUUCUUAUCACUCAUCAUGA